UUUUAAUUGAUUUGGAUUGGCAUGUGCAGCAUUGGAGAGGAUGAUUUUGGCGACGAGGGCGCUACCCAUGCCAUGGUAGCGGAGUCCUUGCCCACCGGGAUAGUGAUAAGUCCAGGAGAUUGCAACAAGUGCGGAGUGGUCUCCAGUGAGCUGUACAAACUGAACUUUCGCGUGGCCGAGUGCCGUGACUGCUUCUUGAACCACGCUCGACACAAGUUUCGAGCGUCAUUGGGGGCUGCCAAGGUCCUGCCGCGCAACGCUGAAGUCCUUCUCGCGGUGGAUGGCUCUGCCGAGUCUCUGGUGCUCCUGGACAUGCUCCACUUCGCGCAGACACAAAACACAUUCAGGCGACUGCAUUGCAAUGCUCGAGUGGUCUACAUAGACGCCCAGUCCGUGCAUGGCGGUGAAUCGAUGAAUCUGCAGGCUCUUCAAGCACUCGGCACUCGAUACGAACCACUUGAAUUCUAUGUGGUUGAGCUUGGAGCAUCGGCCUGCUCUCUGCAGCGUCUCGGGCAAUACUCUACGUCUCUAAAGGAGCCCAACGGUCUUAACACGAAGCUUGAGAAACUCCGCAGCCUGACAGCUCGACAGGAUUACCACCAGCAGCAACGCAAGAACCUGCUGGCCUCUGUGGCCCAGAAGCUAAGCUGCAGUCACGUCUUUGAACCGAGCGUCAGUGGCGACCUGGCCACACAGCUGCUGACGUCCAUUGCAUUGGGGCGCGGAGGAAGCGCCGCUUUGGAUGUGGCCCUCUUGGACGACAGGCUGGCAGCCGGGGUCAAGUUACUGCGUCCCUUAAGGGAUCUCAACGAACAGGAAGUGCGAUUCUAUGUGCAUGCCUGCCAACUGAAGCCGCUGCGGGAGAGCGGCAGCAGCUAUGGACAGGAGCGUGGCCAGACUGCCAGUCUUCAGAACCUGACCGCCGCCUUUGUGGGCAACCUGCAACAGAACUACCCUGCCACAGUGUCCACGGUGUUUCGGACCGGCGAUAAAAUUGCUGCAAAUGCACACAUGGAGCAGGCUUCUUGUGCUCAAUGCCAAUCCCCGCUGGACGCGAAGCUCUCCGACACACUCUUGGCCAUUGAGUACUCGAGGGCCGUUUCAGAGGCUGGAGUGGGCCUGUCCAAGGAUGGCGACGCUUCAGAGAGUCUGGCCAAGCAGCGACUUGAGUUUAAAGAUGGACUGUGUCACGCCUGCCGCUGCAUACAGCUAGAGCUGGGAUAUGAUACUCUGUCGUAGCAAAAAAAUAUAUUUUCUCCCAUAAAUGGGGCCAUUUCUAUUACAA